CAAAAUUUCGAAUAGACCACGAAGGAAUGAAAUUGUAACUUUAAAAAAUAAUCAGUCGCUAAAUUGCAGUGUAAAAUAGUAAACGUGAAAAAUUAAAAGAAAAAACUAAAAUCGAAAAUUUUUUGUGGAAAAAAAAUUUUAAAAAAUCCACCAAAAAUAAUCUCUUAAAAUUUUCAACAUAAUAUUUACUCUAGACAUUAAAGAGUUCCAAUUUUAUAUUAUAAAACAACUGAAAAUAAAAAAUUAAAUAAAAAAAGACAAAAAUGCCUGAACCAAAUUAUCUAAGUCUCUACACGUUUACACCGGAACCACCGAAAAAAUCCCCCAUCAUUAAAUUGUCAUGUGGCAUCGGUGAUACCGAUGGUUUCCCAGCAUUUGAUGUUGAUUCUGAACAAUACGCUGCUAAAGAUGACUCAAAAUGGGGUUUCCUCAUUACGGGUGGCGCUGAAUUUCACAUGCCGCUAACCGUAUUUCAGGUAACGCCAGACGGUUUAGCUGAUAAGGGUGGCAUUUGUUUGGGUGAUAUUAUAUUGGAAAUCAACGAAGAGGACGCCACACAUUUGACGCUGUCGCAAGCUCACGAAAAAAUAGAGGCCUCUGGCAAGAAAAUUCAAUUCAUGGUUAAAAGUAGCAUGGAAGACGAAGAAACCUUGGAGGGCUAUGAGCCCGGAGAAGAAAGAUCGAUUGUGCUGAGAGUGCCAAAACCACCACCACCGCCUAAAGUUUCCACAAUUGAAAAACGUCUACAAGAUUUGCAAAGAAAACUAUCGGAAAUUGCUGAAAUACCAAAAAUUCUCUCUUCCACUUUGGCUACCGUAUCGCAAACUUUCGACAAACUUACCACAACCCUACCGCCAUCAGGGUCUUUAGCACAUUGCCGCCAUCAUUUCCAAAACGGAAAUGAUUAUUGUUGCCCUCAUUUGGGGGGAAAUGAACAAAGACGCAAAUUGUCUUAUGACGAAGAUGUCUACGAUUUCGAAUUGAGUGAUGAGGCGGAUGUAGUGGAAGCAGAGAAGGAAGAUUUCGAUGCAAAAGAAGCAUAUUUGCAACUUAAACGUUUUGCGGCGGCAAGGCAAAGAAAAUCAAAGGAUGUAACACCGGAAUCAGAUUAUGCAUCGGAAAAUAAUUACCAACCAAACGAAACAGACUGCAAGGACAUUGACAAUGAUGGCGAUGAUAAUGACGUCAUCAAUAAUGAUUAUGAUGACAAUGCCAACAACACCAACGAUGAAGAUAACGAUGAUGACAAUAGCGAAAAGAGCUGUGACAUGUAUGAAGAGUUUAACUUGUCUGUACUUAAAAUACCUUUAGGUCAUGUCAACGAGGAAAGUGAUAUUGAAGAGUAUGAUGAGGACAAUGACGACGGCGAUGGCGAUGAUGAAGAGGACUUUUUAACAACUACUUUUACAUGGAAUUUACGCAACAAACCAAAACUACAAAUAAAUGACACAGAUGAAAAUAAACGAGACAACGAAAAUGAUGAUGAAAACAAUGAUAAAUUCAAUGUGUUACAACAAAAAUCCUUGAACGAAAACAAGGACAUGUUGGUGUAUGAAGAAAGACACACUAAUGCUGAAACACCAGAAAAGGAACAAAAGCUGGACAAAUUGGAACGUUCGUGGCCUUGGGCAGAUCGUGAGAAAAUCAUUUAUAAGCAAUCAACUUGCCAUUUGGUGCCACACAAACCCUUGGGUUAAUUGAACAACGCAUACAAUUGCUGGCCAAACGCAACCUUUUGGAACACAUAAAAAAACAAACCAAGAAUCCUCAAUAUUGAUAUCCAAAG